CACCUACAUUAUUAUAUCUAAGAGCGGUGGCGCUUACGGCCGGUUCCGGAGCCUCCGAUCCACAGGUUUCGGCAGAGCCGAGAAGUUUGCCUUUUACUCUCUGUGCCCAGGAAGUGCAUGUAGCGGUGCGGCGCGGCAGCCCCGCGCAGAUCUCGGAGUGUUGAUGUGGCGACUUGAAGACCUGUAGGCGCCGAUCAGGGGGUCGUUCUGCUUAUUUUCUUUUUCGAGUUUCGUGCCACGGACUAACUGCGAUAACUGUGAAAGCCAUUCGGGGAAACGGCCGUGCCCGUGUUUAUAAUGUGAUGUUUAAUAUUGUUCUAGCUUUGGCUCAUCCAGUCGUUACUGGCAAUGCGCCACUGCCCACAUCAGUUUUAUGUGCUUGGGCUGGUUUCCGAAAUGAAGUAGGGAAUCCAAGGCAAUGGUGAAGGGAGAUGCUGUUAAAAUGAAGUGCAGUAACUGCUGCUAGCCAGUUAGCUUGGUGCUGCUGGGCGAUGAGCGGGUGCCUCUCUCCGCCGACUGAACACUACACGCUCCUAUCGGACUGCGUGCCCGAAAUGUAGCCGGACACAAAAGCAAAACUUGCAAUCGGGCCGAAAACAGACCUAGCCGAAGGCUGAAACGGGGAGGCGGCGGCCGCCCGCCCCGCUGCUCCGGUGACAUGUCGCUGCCAUCGCCGGUGCAGAUCAAGGAGGCGAACGCGCACCUGGCCGCCGUUCACAGGCGGGUGGCCGAGCUGGAGCAGCGCCUGGGCUCUGCGGAGAAGACGGUGCGGGAGCAGGCGGAAAGCCUCAUCCGCAAAGACGAGCAGCUCCGGGCCGCCACGCAGGAGGUCGCCGAGGCCAAGGACCGGGAAAUUGCAUACCUGCAUGAAAAGCUGUGCAAAUCAGAGGAAAUCAUCCAGAAGUUUCAGAAUAUGGUGAAGGAGAAGGACUCCUUGAUCGGCCAGCUCCGGCACCGCUGUCAGCUCCUGGACAACAUCUGCAAGAGCCGGCCGCUGCUGGACAGCGUGCUGUCGCAGAUGGCCGAGGCAGAGCGCCUGGGACCCGUCUUCCGGGGGGGUGAGCCCAGCUUAUCCCUCACCGACGGCGACUCAAACUGCAGCCCUGAGCGUGUUAUCAACCACAGGGACUUCUCUCUCACAGAGGAUGACAUGGAUGACCAGGACCUGGAGGAGAAUAUCUUUGGAACCACUGUAUAAUACAAGUGGAAGAAAACCAACUAAAAAUAUCGAGUUAAGAUUUUAAGUGAAAGCUUUAGGGCCGUUGCUUUAAAGUCUGUAUAUACUUUUGUGUUUUUUGCUCUAUUUGAUUACUUAGACAUUUAUGCAAGGCAGGGGCCUCCAGAAACGUAAUGAUAGGUAGUCUGACAGAAAGGUGGGCAUGCUGUAACAGAAUAACUGUUCACCCACAAUAUUAAUUUUAAAAUGAAGCUUCUGUCUAAAACUUGCAGGGAACAGGAGACUUUCAUAAUCAAAUGUGUAUUCAUUUUACAUAACAUGACGGCUACAUGUGAUGUUUCUCAAAGAUACAAUUCAAUCUUUGCUUUAAUAUAAACUGUAACCACAAGACAAAGUCAUCAGAAAUCAUGUACUUUUUAAAAUUCAAAAUGUGAGAGCAGUAACUGCAGAUAUAAAAAGCUACAGUGACUUACAGGAUCUUCAGGGCCUGUAUAUUAGGUGCAGUAUGGCCUGACUCCUAACAUCACGUUUAAAUUAUACUGCUAAUUAAGAAAAUUGGUGAUGAAUGCAAUAGGUCAUAUUUUAUUUUCAGGUGUUACUUGUUUCAGGUUAGUAAGUUUUCCUUGAAAUAGAGGUAGAUUUUGCUGGUGUGUAAUAAGUUUUCUAAGUAUGUUCUUCAUACAGAGAUUUUGCUGGUGUGUAAUAAGUUUUCUAAGUAUGUUCUUCAUACAGAGAUUUUGCAGGUGUGUAUUAAGUUUUCUAAGUACGUUCUUCAUACAGAUGACGCCGUGUUCAUUGAGAAAAUUGAACUCAAGGCCAUUACUUUGGUUUUGUUACAGUAUAAUUUGGGUCAAAGUCUUUCGUAAGCGGUCAGCAAACUUCAUUGGUUAAAUAAGUGUACUGCUUGUUUUAUAGUUUUCACCGGUUUACUGCUUGUUUUAUAGUUUCACUUGAUUUUAUGUAUCACCGGAACUAGGAAUUAAUUCUUUACCAGUCAUUUACAGAUGAAGUUGAUGUGUAAUCAAUUGGAUAGCAGUGUUGUGGACACAGUGACCAAAACGUUCAGCUAAAAUAUUAUAUUUUAGCUUUAAGUAGGAUUUUGAGAAAAUAGUGAAAGUAUUCAAGUGACAUUCGUGCAGCUUUAACACCCUGACACACAAACCAUACAGUACAGUCUUGGGUGUUUGUUCUGCUCGGACAUAAAUAGCACUUCAUAAUGUGAGCUAGUAGGUCCCUGAAUAUUGUCCUGUUUUCAAGAAUCAUAAAGGAACAUUGGUGUGCACGUCCUUUGAUUUUUUUCUUUCAUAUGUUUUUGUAAAAUGUAAAAUUUGUAACUGUGAAGGUGUGGACCAAGCCCUUGUGCAUCCACAAGCAAUAUUCCCUCAGUCUCAGAUGCACACAAAGCCCAGUGUGUGUGACUGUCUGGCAUUCUGAUACAGGCACGGUGUGUCACUGUCCGUCACUCUCACACGGGCCCGGUGUGUCACUGUCCGUCACUCUCACACGGGCCCAGUGUGUCACUGUCCGUCACUCUCACACNGUGUGUCACUGUCCGUCACUCUCACACGGGCCCAGUGUGUCACUGUCCGUCACUCUCACACGGGCCCGUCUAGCCUUAGCUCAUGACAGCCUAUGCAAAGCUGGUUCUGUGUCCUGAUCUGCUGGAGAAAGACUGACACUUCAACCAGCAUGUUUCCUAUUUUUCUAAAACAUGAAUAGUCAAGAACCAAACAGUAACUCCGUUAUUUGGUUUACCUAGUACCAGUUUCUUGAUGCGUUGGAGGCGACCUUGUUCUAGCAGUUCUCUGGUGAUCCAUAAAGUCAGUCAUUUAUUUAUGGUUAAACUGGAAGUUUCUUUGCAGGAGAGUGGGGCUCCUGAAUGCUGUCUGGCUCGUGUACCACGGUGAAAGCUGUGUGAUGUGGUCCUUACAUGAUUUUGUACUUGAAGAACUGCAUUUAGCAUCUCAUUCUCAUUGUUAAAUAGUGUAUAAAGCACAUUAUUCAGGUGAUUUCUGACUGCCCCCCCCAUCCAUCACUUCUUCUUCUGGAGGAGGACACAGUGGGGGCUUAUCACUGGAAUACUUUUAUCCCAGUUUAGUUGAUCAUUCCAAAGGGCACCUUGUUGCUUCCCCACUACUUCCUAUGCAAGAAUUAGCUUCAAGGACUAACGUAGCCAUUUCGCACGGCCAGGUGAACCUCCUGCUGUAAUCCAGGAACGGUCCUUUGCAUCUUUCCAAAAAAAUACCUUAUUGUACAAAUACCAGGUCAAAAAGUUGCUUGUGAAAUCCGUUACUGAAAUUGACACUUUUUGCAUUGAACACCAAAGACUGGGCAAAUUGAAAAAGAAUGCUGAUUUUCUUAGAAUUAUUGUAAGAAAUAUUUUUAGUCUUGCCUUAUACUUAGCUGGGAAUAAAGUGAUGGAUUACACUUGGAAAAUAAGCGCUGUCCAAAUGGUUACAGUAGCACUUGAACGCAACACUUAAAAAUGACUCAUUAUUCAAAACAAGUCACUUAUUGCCAUUUGCUUGCCUUAAUUCAGUCAAUGAUGCUACACAGACUCGCGCAAGGUUACAGAGGUGGGAAGUUGAAUGUAAAAGGCUUUAGCUAGUUUUGGGAUGAGUUUCCUUAGAUUUUGCCCCCUGCUCCUGGUUGCUUCAGAAGUAGAGAAAUUGGCUCAUGCAGCCCCAGGGGGGGGGGGACACAGAGACAAGUGCUGAACCCCAUUGCUCAGUGAUGCUAACUCACCUGCACUGUAGUUGCUUGGAGAGAGUGUGACUGCCGACUGAAGCACCCAGGAACCCUCAAAAGGAUUUAGUGUAUCUUUCACUUAACUGAAACAAGGCUGUUAACUUUUUUACAUUCCAGUUUAUAUAUUAAAUGAGACUCUGCUGCUGAAACACUGUUGGAUGAUCUCUAAAGAUGUUAGAGGCAUGCGAUAAGGUUUAAACUGAUGAUUUACUGGCUUUAAUAAAAAUGUCGCAGUGCUGUCAUUA